AUGGGAUAUUACGACGACGAAGGCCAAUAUCACUCUUUCCGUGACGGACUUCACCGCGCUGCUGAUCACAUCCUCCAUCCCAUCCACGGACCCCGUCACCACCAACAGCACCACCAGCACCACCACUCCUCUCCUGCCGAAGAAGUCGUUGAGGAACGUGAAACCGUAACCAUGUCUACUCCUCGUCGUUCCGCUGGCCGCUCCGGUCCUAGCAGUGCCGUCUCCAUCCCCUGCCACCACAUUCGCAUUGGUGACUUGCUGUACCUCCAGGGUCGCCCCUGUCAGGUCAUCCGUAUCACCACCUCUUCCCAGACUGGCCAGCACCGCUACCUCGGUGUCGAUCUCUUCACCAAGCAGCUGCAAGAAGAGUCUUCCUUCAUCUCCAACCCUUCGCCUUCGGUGGUUGUUCAGCAGAUGUACGGACCCGUGUUCAAGCAGUACCGUGUCCUUGACAUUCGCGAUGAUGGCCAUGUUGUUGCCAUGACCGAGAGUGGUGACGUCAAGCAGGGACUUCCUGUCAUUGACCAGAGCAACCUGUUGCAGCGUCUCACCGAUGCUUUCGACCAAGGUCGUGGCAGUAUCAGAGUUCUUGUUCUUAGCGACCAAGGUCGUGAGCUUGCCGUCGACUACAGAGUCGUGAACGGAAGCAGACUGUAA